GGUUUGUUGACUAUUCAUGAGGGGGCGGGCCGAGCAGGGCUGCCUUUGUUAACCAGAGAGGGCGCGGCCGCGGGGAUUCUGGCAGCGGACUGCACCCAGCCUCAGUCGGUUACCAGAUUGGGGUCGAGAUGUCCUACAUCCCGGGCCAGCCGGUCACCGCCGUGGUGCAAAGAGUUGAAAUUCACAAGCUGCGUCAAGGUGAGAACUUGAUCCUGGGCUUCAGCAUUGGAGGUGGAAUUGAUCAGGAUCCCUCCCAGAAUCCCUUCUCAGAAGAUAAGACAGACAAGGGCAUUUAUGUCACCCGGGUGUCUGAAGGAGGCCCUGCUGAAAUCGCUGGGCUGCAGAUUGGAGACAAGAUCAUGCAGGUGAACGGCUGGGACAUGACCAUGGUCACACACGACCAGGCCCGGAAGCGACUCACCAAGCGAUCGGAGGAGGUGGUGCGCCUGCUGGUGACGCGGCAGUCACUGCAGAAGGCCGUGCAGCAGUCCAUGCUGUCCUAGCAACCUGCAGGGUCCCCAACUCGUGCCCGCCGCCUCUUUGUACAGUGACACACUUCCACACGCUGUCCGCCCCUCAUCCUGGCUUCUGCUAAGUUCUGGGCCUGAGCUUGGAAGGGCAACAGCUGAUCCCAGUCUUCCUUCCCCUCCCACCCAGGCCUAAGGUUCUGGGUCCAGCUCUCUCCCUUGGACACUAAGGAUCAGAAGGGCCUGGAGCUAAGUGGUGGCCAGUCUGCAGGGACUACAGUGUAGUCCCCAGACCUGCUGCCCGGCCACAGCAGUGCCUGGGUGAGCAGGAGGCACCACUUCCUGAGAGCUGCCAAAGCUGGGACAUGCCAGUGUGGGGGCUUUCCUGCUUUGCCCUGGCUGCAGGGUUUGGCCCUGCCCUCAUGCCAACUCUGCAGUGUCUGUCCCCAUGCCUUUCCAACUGCACUGCCCAGAGCGGGACUGGACCCACACACUGCCAGAGGCACCACUGUCUGGAUGGAAGCUGGGCAGACUCCCUGUUCACCCCACUCCCCUGAGGGGUGCUGGCCUCCCCAGGGUUUGCCUGCUUACAGGAUUUAGACAAGUUCGAGGCUGAUGCUUCCGGGCAGCUCUCAGGAUUGCCAUUUCCUUCUAUGCCUGUGGAUUUAACUUUUGUAUUUUUUUAAUCACAACUUUGAUACAAAGCAUUUUUAUCUUACUAUUUGGAGAUGCCAAUUCUACUUUUGAAUUUAGCUUACUAAUUCACAUCUGGGAACUGCUCUUAGUGAACGAAUGACCCCUACUUUGGUUACAGUGGAAAUGGGGCAAUACCAUGCUCCUCCACUCCCAAUAAAUGACGCUGGAAUUUA